GGCUGAGGCAAGAGGAUUGUAGGUUCCAGGCCAGCCUGAGAUCCAUAGGAGACUCUUUUUAAAAAUAUUUUGAAAAAGGAUAUAAUCAAAAGCACAAGGAUCCACAUGGGGGAACCAAUCGAGGCUUCCAGCUACCGUACAAGUUUAGACCAGUGGAAGAAAAAAGCAGCCAAAAUCGAAUUGCAUGAAACCCAAAAGCAAGAAAUUAAAGAGGCCUUUGACUUAUUCAAUGUUGAUGGGUCUGGAACCAUAGAUGUAAAAGAAUUGAAGAUUGCAAUGCGGGCCUUAGGAUUUGAGCCAAAGAAAGAAGAAAUUAAACACAUGAUAGCAGAAAUUGACAACGAAGGAACUGGCACCAUUAACUUUGAAGAUUUCUUUGUUGUUAUGAGUGUAAAAAUGAGUGAAAAAGAUGAAAAUGAAGAAAUAUUGAAGGCUUUUAAAUUAUUUGAUGAUGAUGCUACUGGAAGGAUAACACUAAAUAAUAUCAAGAGGGUUGCCAAGGAACUUGGAGAAAAUGUAACAGAGGAGGAACUUCAGGAAAUGCUUGAUGAAGCAGAUCGUGAUGGGGAUGGAGAGAUCAAUGAGGAAGAGUUUUUGAGGCUGAUGAAGAGGACUACUCUUUAUUAACUCUGGCUUAGUGCCUUCUGGAAGCUUUGGCAGCCUCCUAUUUGUCAUACAGUUCAGUGAUGUGAUACCUUAGUAAGGUUCCUGUUUGUCUGCCAUUCAGUUCAGUAAUGUGAUACCUUAGCAUCUUCAAUCCCCAGUUUUAGUUUAUACGCAGAUUGGACUGCUGAUGCCUGACUAUGUAGCAAGUUACAUGUUUCUACCAAUGUUAUUUAAACUGUGGUAUUGAGAAACAAAGGAAAUACAACUUGGAACUGUGAACCCAAGCCGCUUUUUUUUUUUUUUUAAAGCUUCAGGUUCCAAAGACUUAGAUCUCUCCUCCCUAUUUUAGUUUCAUAAAGUUGGUUCCAUGGCCAAAUGAAUUUGACCCCCCAAU